AUGAUGAGUCGACUCAAAAGGAAAAGGUCUCUUCUAUGGAAGACAUCCGAAAAAGCCUCUCCGACUAUCGUCUCAGAUCCUCCGUCCAACCACAACCACAACAGCCUUCCUCACCAGUUAUCUCGUUCCACGAGCUCUACAAGCGCAGUGUAUUGCCGGAAGCUAAUCCAGAGAAUGACACCUAAACUGCUCCAUCUCUUGACACAAUCCCCAGAUGAUCCUGUUGCUCGUGAAACAACUUCCGAAUACUUUCUAAGUGGUUUUGUUGGGGGUAGUAGUAACCUUAACAAAAUUGGAAGAGUACACCAAGGUAGCAUCUAUGAUUGUAGAUCUGACCAAGGUAAUGAUCUUGCCAUUAGAAGUUUAGCUAUGUUAACUGCUAUCUCUGAGAUGGAGGCAGCAAUUGAUGUAAUAUCAAAUGAACUCAACAAAUUGUGCAUAGGAAGGGCAUCAACAGACAGGAACCCAAAUAAUGGAGACUGGCAAGAGGAGGUGUAUCAAGAGGUGCUCUGCUUAAAGGUAUAUACUGUAAUGGUUAUGUGUCCUAAGUCAUCUGAGCCGAGUCUUGAGUACUGGUUCAAGUGCAUAGACUUGGAUGGGAAUGGGGCAGUGAUAAGGAAUGCGAUGCAAUUAUUCUAUGAGGAACAGUUGCAUCGUAUGGAAUGCAUGACUGAAGAGCAUGUUCUCUUUGAGGAUAUUUUAUGUCAGAUAGUUGACAUGGUUGGACCAAAGGAUGAUGGAUAUUUUACACUUGGCGACCUAAAAGGAAGCAAACUUUAUGGCGGUGUUUUUAAUAUCUUGUUCAAUUUGAACAAGUUCAUGGCAUAUGAAAGUCGCGACGCCUUCCUCAUUCGUCAGGUGGUCGGAAUUUGA